AUCUCAUGAUUUUCGUAUAAAAACCAUAUACUAUUAUUGCCGUAAUUUUCCGAAUGGCCAUCCCAUUUUCCGAAUAUGUCAAAGUUGGGGGGGUUAACCACCCCCCCAAUACCCCCCCUCGCUACGGCCCUGACGGAAGGCUUGCAUGACUUCACGCCAAGCAUUAUUAAAUAUUCAAUAACAUUGGCUUACAUACGUCAAAGUAUUAAAAUGCAAAUUAGAACAGAUUACAAGUAAAAAAAAGAACUCAAGUCAAGAGCACUAUAUCACAACAGAACUCGUGGCUACAGCUAAACACAAGAAAGGUUUUACAAGAGUAAAGUAAAGGACUUGUGUUCUAGAAUUGGAAAGCUGUUUACUUGUCUUCGUUAUUUUCGUUUUAUAAAUUACGUGCGUGGCGUGAGGUGUGACAAUAAUUAUUGAAUAUUGUUUGUCUGACGUGCAAACAGCGAUAAUUUUGAAAGUCAACAACUCCCCUGCUGGUAUCAGCUCGAUUUCUUUUAAAGGUUCCCGUACGUGAUAUAUCAGUUCAUAACAGAGUGAGGAUAUACUGUAGUCUGUAUACAGACUUAAAGAUAAACGGAAAUAUAUAUAUCUUGACUCUUGUACCGAAACUUGUCCAGAAAAUGCCGGCUCAUAGAGUGAGGAUUGAUCAUGAGGUAUUGACUUCGGGUAUGUGAAUUUAAUUUACUAUUAUUAUUUAGUUAAUUUUUAUUGACUGGUUUGUAGGCACUGUCGACGUAGUUGUAAAUCAUCUCAGACUUAUAUUUUAUCGCAUAUAUAUCAGUUUGUCAGUAUUUAACUAUUGUGAGCUAAUUACCAGACAAGUACUAGCUAGCUACUAUGUUUUUUCUGUCGACUAUGCCUAUGGCUAUGGGUGCCUAGCGUGAUUCGUUAACCCGAUUAACGACUAAUUGUAACUUGGCUUGGACUCGGGCAAAAUCAGACUUGUUACCAACGGGCGUCAAAGUAUCUAGUGAAACUAGUAAGUUAGUACCAUUUCACUGACACUGGCCGAAAUUAGUGAUUGUUGCAGCCAAAUUGGCAUGUUGCAGUAUGCCACGGUGAACUAGUAUAAAUAAAAAGUAUAUAAAUAUUUGUUAUUGGCGAUUUCCAAGUUCACGAUAAAAAAAACUGUGCAAAAUGACUAAUUGGUCGCAGACAAAUUGACUGGUGACUGGACUCGGAGUGAAUGACAGCUUGUGACUCCAUUAGUCGAGGGCAUGGUAGAAAACGCGGGUACCGGGUACAAAAAGCGACUUGACUUGCGGUUAAGACUUAGUUGUUCGAAAGCCGAUCAGUGCGACUUGAAACCUCAUGCAGGCUAACGAAGCAAGUCAAGUUGUUGAAGCAAGUCAAGCAAACUUCCCAUGCAGUUCCCAACCGCUUGUUUAGAAACAAGGAAAUACUGACCCUCCUUUCACAAUCUUGUCCGCAGUAUUAAUUGAAGUUCUAUUUCCUGAAGUUUUGAGUGAAACGGAAUCAUGAACAGAUGCGAGAAAUAUACGCAGAAACCAAAACUCGGUUGAGUUUUGCUUGUUAAAUACCGUUAAACCCCAGCCAAAGAUUAACACAGGAAGCCCCAUUGUGUCUAUCCGCACGACAACUUACAAAAUAUCAAACAGGCGUUUUGAAACGGCGAAAAUUUGCGACUGCUAAUGGAGAUUGCCCAAGGACAAGUGGACUAAAUUUUGGUAGAAUUGGAAUGAAAAUUUGAUGAGUGAGAAAUUUGAAAAAGCCGCGAGCAGACUGCUUUGCUGGUAGAGCCAGUUGCAGUUUCCUAGUGCUCUCUUGUUAAAUGAUUCCGGUUCAAUAUAAUAUUGUAAUGUUGCAAUCUCAAUAUAUCACAAAAGAAACUCCCCCUUGCGAUAGUAACAUAUAUAGUUUUAGCUUAUAUAACGAACACUCGAUCUGAACCACUUCCAUAAAACGGACUAAAAUCAAUAUAUACUAUUGAAAUUCUAACAUAAACCCAGUGUUCCCUCCAUGUGGAAGCAACUUCUUUGACCUUGUGUGACUCUAUAUAUUAUACAUGCCCAUCUCCUCCUCCGCAUGCAGGCCUUUCAAAAAUCAGGGAGGCGAAAAUUUCGGGCGGGUGAAAAUUGCUUGGGAAACAAAUUAACGUGAAAGCGACACAAGUCUUCGUCUCAAAUUUCAAAUUUUAACCUGCGAACGGGCAUGGCCUGCGGAGGAGGUAGUUAUACAUGCAGUAAUUUGAAGUGCAACUGUGUUUACAUUCAAUUUCCUGGAUGUACAAAAACAAACUAUUAUAUUCUCAGUAUUAUGCUGUAAUUAUAGCGGUUUAUACUAUAUGAGCCAGAGGUUACAUAACUGUUUUACUCAGUCUACCUAUGGCUAAUGAGCAUACCGUUAUCUAAAUUUUUCACUCCUUAAUGCUAUAUUCUGUGUCGUUAUAAAUUGCAGUCGAAUCAUAACAUGUAUAGCUAAGACGACUAUAUAUGGAAGCCUUUGUAUGAAAGCAUUAGAAAACAGUCAAUUCAAAAAAGGUUGUCCUUUGCAUGCAAACCUAAGUUAAACUUUAAGCGCAAAGUAAUGGAAGCACAGUUAAACUACAAGUUUCAAACUAAACUAAGUAGUUGAAUAUUGCAGCUAUUUGUGAAUGAAUUAUUCUUGUAAGGAGAUAUUUACCAUGUCUCUAAGAACUGGGCCCAUAUAUGAUUCCUAAAAUGAUUAAAUGAUGCUCCCAUCAUGCUUUGAAUGCUUAGAGGUUAAGGUUUAGAGUUUACGGUUUGCAAAGGUCUCGCCUCUCGUUUCUUUCGCCUCGAAAAGAGCCCCUGGAACCAGGGUAGCAAAGGAGAACCUUUUUUGAAUUAGCUGUAUAUGUAUAUGUAUAUGGAUAUGUCAAAGUAUUGAACUUUUCAAUCAUCAUUUGUGAUCUACUAAUACUAAUAGCCACUUAAACCAUGCGUUUUCUCAGUGAAAAAAUAUAUAGGCAAACCAUACAAAUAGUUAUAAUUUGAAACGUUUGCAAAAGUACAAUUCGGAAACGUCAAGUCAUGAUAUUUUGACUAAAUAUAGUCCUGAACUAAUAUUACACUCAAACUGUUAUCGUCUUCCGUAUGGAAAAUCAUUGGCAAUUUCCUUCAGAUAUUGGAUCGCUUCCAACCCACACGACCUAUAGCCAAGCUUUGUGAUUGGUUGAUUAUGACCAUAGAAAAAACAAUUACACUGCAAAAAAUUUUGACUCCCACAAUGUCAAUGAGUCAAAAUAUUGAAUAAAAUUGCUCAAAUUUGUGAGCAAAUUUUCAGUCAUUCAUUUUUUUUUACUGAAGUUAAGUAAAUUUUGUAACUUCAUUCAAAAGAUUGAGUAAUUUUUCAUUAUUUUAUUCAAGUUUUAAUUUCGAGUCAAUACACUCAAAGAAUUUUUUACAUCUAUAUAGAAGCAUUUUUACGGUAAAGAAUGAGUAACUGAUCAAGCUAUGCUGCUAAUAAACCUACAUCGAGAUAGAUCAAAGAGUAGACAAUACUUUUCUGAAGGGUUUGAAUCAUGCAGAUCAUUAAAAACUUGGCCCAAAAUGACCUGUCGCUAUGGCUACGUGCGCCAAUGAUUAACAACAAUUACUUUUCUAUCAGAAAACCGAUCAGGAAACGUUCUCACUUACAUGUACCCGAGAUAUUGCGUAAAGCUUUACGGCUUGCAUAAAUAAUUCAUGAGAUAUGUUAGCUAUAUAAAACGUAGCUACUACACUCGCCAACCCAUGCACAUUUGAGAGAUCUUUUAGACUGAAGAUAUAUCUCUACUGCACUUUGGGCUGAAUACCAAUGGGUAUACACAUAUUUAAAUUAGAAUUAUCCAUUGAUUAAGAUAAUAUUAAUAUAUUACCCUGGCCCAGAGGUUUUUUAGGUAACAAUACCCUCUGCGGCUUCCAGGGUAUUAAUAUAUGUGAUUCAGUAAUAAUUUUAUGGCGAUACUGAAUGAAUUUUUUUUCAUCAUUCUUCUAUAGACAUAAAAUUUGGUCUUGGAAUGCCAUUUGGUGGAAUGACAUUAGCUGGGACUCAAAAUUGGUUCGAGUGAGUAUAAGGCAGACAUCGCUAUUUGUGGUUAAGAAGACUUUAUUUUAAUACCAUUUCAUUCAGAAAAACUACGUACAGUAAUAUAAUUUCAAAUUUACAUAUUUCUUUAGGUUAUUAAAAGCAGCGAAUGUCUACUCGGUAAGGAGAAAAGCACAACCUGGUUAUAACAAAAUAAACAUUAAACGACGUCCAAUUUCAAGAGCCAGUACGUUUGAAGAAGACCAUCUUACUGAAACUAAAACCAUUGAAAAGGUAUAGAUCGAAUAAAAUAGAUUCUUAUCGAACCUCGUCACCAGACCUCUCUGGUGGUCAACCGUUUAUGCUUUUGAUUAAAACACAAGCUAUACAUGUAAACGUUUUCCGCACUGAAGUAUUAGGGGAUGUUCAUAUGAGCCGAGAUGAAUCGUGACACGAAAAUUGUUUCCUGCAUGAUCAUAAAUAUCAUUUGAAUGAACUUUCUCAGUACUGUACUGGAAUCAAACUAAUUUGCCGUUUUGGCUGUGAUAAGAAGUUUAUUAAACAAUUAUCCUGGUUAACAGGGACUUAGAUGUAAUCGUAAAAAUCAGAUUUGCACUCAAUCAAAUUUCAGUCAAUGAUGCAACUUUCAUUUGAUUUGAAUGUUGUCAUACAGACCCCUUGCGACCCACUUUCAAGCAUUAACUAACAAUUUAGGCAUUAUCUAUAAUUAUUUCCCCUUCUUUGUUUCAGAAAACGUCAGAGCAAACGAAAGUUGGUUCGUUGACAAAACCUCUCGCGCCCAUCAAGCCUCGUAUUCCUGUCAUCAACAUUAUUAAGUAAGAGUGAAAGAAUUUUUUGUAAAACUUUUUACGCCCCGUACUUUCACACUGGCCAACGCCAGCUACUUGUAAGUUUGGGAAAAUAAUAUCCCAUUAUUACAAAUUUCAGAUGAAACAGUCUCCGCGAAUAAUAACCGAUCUUGUAAACGGUAUAAUGUUUCGAAUUUUGUUAUCUUGUUAAGACGCAAUUAAUUUCAAUGUUGCGCAUUUGCUAUGAAAAGUGUUCCUCUCAAAAUUACUUUGUUUUAGCUUUAUUUUGUAGUUUAUAACACAGUUAGCAACCUAGCUUUAUAGAUGUAUCUUGCGGUUGAGAAACAUAAAACAAUAUAGUUAAUAAUGAAAAUACAUUGAUACAGUAAAAUUGACGUCAUAUUUUUAGAGCAAUACAAGCAGAACUUACUGAACUUCAGACAUCAUUUUCAGUUUGGCGUACCAUCUAAAAUCUUUUCACUUUAGCAUAAUUUUACAGAUAAAGCACUAAACAUACUUUUUAAGCUUGUUUGCCACUUGAAAAACGUAUUAGAAAUUUAAAAAUUUGAAUAUAGUCAUUACCAAGUGGGAAGUGGAAAUGUAUAUUGAUUAGUUUUGAUUGCGUGUUACGUAACAUACAAAAGAUUCUCCUCUCAAUAGCCGGAGUGUGUUUCAUCUGAAAUUUUGCGAAAUUGACUGCUGGUAAAGGAUUGUUGGCCUAUACGAGGUCGUAAAUUUAGAACGCUAUUUCAAAAAGCGCUCAAAUGAUGACGGAGAGAAAUGGCUUUUACUCCCGUGGUGGUGUGGGUGUAUGAAACAGGUUUUAGGGUGGAGUCCGGGGGCUGCUCACAGCAGACAAUAUUAAAAAAAACGACACUCGACAAAACUUAUAUAUUCCGGCUUACCCUUGAAAUUGUUACAAAAAGACUUGUGUAUUUGGGUUUGUAGUUGGCCUAAACCAUCUUUAUUCUUUAACAAUGUAAAAUUACUAAUGAGAACAGAUUCUACUGAAUCGGUCACCAGAAAUAUUAAAUAAAACUCAUUAUUAUUAAUCAGGCAAUCAAUCAGCCCAAUAUUUUAGAGCCUCUUCAUCGGAACACAGCCACGGUAAAAGGGUCAGUUAGGGGGGCUAAUCCCAAACAAUUCUGUCGACAUUUCCUGUGGGAGAAAACCGGCAGAGUACGCGUAGAAAACCCAUGACAUUCAGUAGAGCGUUGACUCUUUCAGAGGUGAAAGGCCCUAUGAUGUUGUCAGAUGACAAAAGCCACGUAUUUUUUAAAUGCCAUAAAAGUGCAUCUGAAAUUGAUCCGGAUAAAUCCGUCAGCGUCUAAACGUGUACCUUAAUGCAUGAAAUCGAUUUUAAGACAUUUAGACUUCAUUUAACUAUAUACUUUUGAAGAAACUUUGAUCUGAUGUCAGCCUUUAUUCAUUUUAACAUGUUGAGAACGGAUUAUAUUUAUCUUGUUUUCCGUAAGUUCUUUGUUGUUAUACUUUCAUGCCAAAAGCCAUGAACAUUGAAGGUCCCCCCAAAUUACAAAGAAAUUCAACUUUAAAUAUAAGCACUUAUAACAAACUCUAACAGAACUUUGGUUGAUAAGGGACACUUGCUUCCCUAUCAACCAAAGUUUUGUUGUUGUUGUUGGCAGUGCGUGGAAAGGGGCUAUAAUAUAGAUAAGACACAAUCAAAGAAAAUUGCUAGGCACAAUAUAAUACUGCGUGGAUUAAUAUCAAAGAGUCAUGAACUGUCUUAAAAGCACUUAUAACAAACUCUAACAGAACUUUGGUUGAUAAGGGGCACUUGCUUCCCUAUCAACCAAAGUUUUGUUGAUGUUGUUGGCAGUACGUGGAAAGGGGCUAUAAUAUAGAUCAGACACAGUCAAAGAAAAUUGCUGGGCGCAAUAUAGUACUGCGUGGAUUAAUAUCAAAGAGUCGUGAACUGUCUUAAAAACAUCUCCAGCAGCCUCCUACGCAGGCAUGUCUAGGGUUUUGCCUGCGAAUGGGUGUUCGAAAAUUCCGACCACCCGAUUCUCCGGGUGAUAUUUCUGCAUAUAAUGAUAUAAUUUGGUAGUUACACUUAUUGCUGACGUUAAUGCAACACUUUAAUUAGGAUGCGUUACAAGUGCUUAUCUUAUUAAUAAACGGUCUACGCGAGUAUAUCGUGUCUCUCUUUGAAGGCAAACCGAAAAUGGGUUGGUUAUUAAACAGAGAAAUUAUUAAGGCGCGAUGGGCUCUUAUGUUCAAACGGAAAUUUGGGGAUACGAUUACCUUCCUUCGUAUCUCAUUAAAAUGGCCUUUACAGUAAAUUCACCCAAUAGGCGUGCAUGCAAACACGUAAAUCCCUCACGCGAUUUUGUCACAGACAAAGUCUUUAGCUCUUUGUUUCAACUUUUCAUAUUGUAAAUUCAAAUAACCUAAACUUUGCACAAAAGAUAAUACGAGUAUAGUCGGUAUAAUGAUCUUUUUUCUUCUAUUAUAAAAAAUUCUAUCGAUACACUAAAUUCUUUGGAUACUAUACAUUCAUGGCGAAGUCAAAUAUAAUGCCGAUCUAUAAGAGUUAAAUAUUUUUCAAUCUUGAAAUAUUGCUUUUCAACCUUUAUUAUUGAGACUGAAACAAGUCCUUGCAAGGACUUGUCAUUCUAUGGUAAAAAAUCUUGAAUGAAAUCUUCAGUAAUACCAUGGUAAUACGUUAUGUAUAAUAAUGUUUUUCAAAUGGCUGUAUUUUGUACAGGGUGUCUCCAAAAACCCCAAAACUGUUGAAUUAACGUAUUGUUAAAAUUUGUACACCCUGUAUUUUGCUGUCAUUAUCUGCAUUCCUUACUUCAAAUCAUGAAUUAAACACAAUUCCGCCAAGUCCUAAGCAUAAUAUAUAUGACAUAGCCUUAUAGGGCCAGCCUCUGAAUUCUUCAGAAUUUAGUCAAGGUCAACAAGCGAGAUAUGGUAAUAAUAGAAUUCUUCGAGGGUGGUAGCUCAGUUAUUCAAUGGUUUCCUUGUUUUCAUUGAAACACUUACAUGCAUGUUUCUGCUAAGCAACUCUCUGAGUAUAUAGGAUCCCAAACAAGGAAAUAUAUUAAGUGUUCCAGGAAAUGAUCCCAAAUACUCCUUGAAUUAAGCAUUUAUGACUAUAGUGACUGAUUUGUCUUCUUCGAUCAAUUUUCGAUUUGUUUCGGAUAUUUGCAUCCAAUCUUCUGACUGAAGACAAAAGAGAAGACUGUUACCGCCUUGGAUGAAUUUAGAUUUGUUUAACUGACAACGACAAUCCUUUAUGAUAUUCGUCCAACAUGGCGACGAUGACGUCAGAUUCGGAUGAAAACCACCUAUUCCUAAUAGUGUUUUUUUCUAUCAUGAUUGUAGAGCGAGCAACGAAAGUAUUCCUGAUCUUUGCGUCUCGGACUCAUCUGAUGAAGAAUCUGAUUGUGAUGAAGGGGAUGAUCUCGUCUACGAAUGCCCUGGCUUAGCUGCUUCGGUAGGUGAAAAGCCGUAUUACAACAUUAUGUACUAUUUCAAAUCCGAGAGACCAGAUUUAAAGUCCGCGCGAUUUGAUUUUUCAUAAUCAAUUAACUUUAUAUACUUUCCUUCACUUAUUUGUAAAAAUAUUUUUCUAAACUUACUUACACUACCUACAUUUAAAUUCAUUGCCUGCCACGACUAGCUUGGCUACUUGCAGGUAAUGUAACGUAUAUUCUUUUUUUAAAUUUUGUAAACAUUGAAUUAAAUUAUAUACUUCAUCAGGUAUCCAGUAUUAUCAUGUGAGCAAAAUAAAGCAAUACGGUUGGCUAAUUUACUCAUGAAUUAUUAAUACGUUUGAGAUGCAUCUGAUGAAGAUCAGCGGGUUACAUUUUAUUGUAAACUUUGCAAUAUUAAAUUAACAAAUAUAGGAACAUAUAUUAUAUUAUCGCCAUGUGAAAACAUUAAUUCAACGAACUUAUUAUUUUAUCAACUUCUAUUUCUAUUUAGGCAGAAGAUAUGACUGUUGAAAAUCCUCUUUUCCAAGAAAAACACUUUCAAAGCAGUUACAGAACUCCAGAACUUGCCAAAAAAUACUGGAAAGAUGUGUUUGUCGAGUCCGUGUAAAAUUUUAACGAGAAUUCUGCGACCCUUUGGUGAGAAUUCCUCGCUGCAAAAUGGUUCCAGCGUUUUAUACCCAGCGUUCUUGGUCACGAUGUAUGUUAAGUGCCAAUGAUGCCGUCCCCAGUUUUAUCUUGGUGUAGUUUUAUACAGUCAUUUAGCCGUAAAGUUGUUGUAACGAAUGAGUUUUAACAAUCACUGCCAGUUUUAGUUAAUACUGUAUAUAUAGGGCGUUUUGGAAUAGUCUAUAUCAGUUUUAAAAUGUGCGCACAGUUGCAGCGCAGUACAUUUAACUAUAGGUCUGGACAGAAUAUUUUAGUAUAAUUAUGCAAAAUGUUGUUCAAAUAAGCGUAUUGUAUUAGUUACAUCAAUGUUUAGUAUUUUUGCACAAGCGAAUAUAACAAAUCCUGCAACCUGAUUGGUCAAAUUUGACGUAUUAAGAUGUUAUAUUCACGGCCAACAGGUGAAUAUAACAAAACCGAAAUUUGCAAAAUGGCGCGGCUAGCCAUUUUGUGGAAGUUUAUUGAUAAAGAAAUAAGAUUCAGUACCAGAAAACACAAAAAAUUCAGUACCAGAAAACACGAAAGACUUAUUCUAAAACAAUUAUUCGCCUCAGGCUCGGUGAUUAUCGGUGAGUAUUCACCUCGACUUCGUCUCGGUGAAUAUUCCCCGAUAAUUACCUCGCCUUCGGCGAAUAAUUGUUAAAUAUUCGCCAGUGUAGGUAGUUUCAAUAAUAAUAAAGUUUCGCAGCGAAGGCCGACCUGUCUUUAUAUUUUUCAGGCCAGUUGCCUCCCUAUUAAUGCGAAGCCAAUCAAUCGACCCUAUAUAUAUGGUGUAGUUAUAACAUCAGAACUAGAUUUGUUGUUAAAUAAAGUUGUAGUGUAAAUAAUUUAAUUUGUAGAUAUAUUUAAAGGAAAUUAUGAAUAUUUAUAAUCAAUGGAAUUGAUUUUAUAUAUUAUCAGAAUAUAUGAACAAUAUGAGAUAUACUGAACUUGUCAAGGUGUCUAUGUGUGUUUAACUGAUUGCGGUGCCCAAACGUAUGGCGUCGCUUUACUGAUUCGGCUGCGGAAUUUGUUAGUCUGUUAGUUUGUUAGGGACGAACCAUUAGAAAAGUGAUUGGGAGGGCAAAACCAAAAAAAAAUUAUCCCCAGAAAAAAAUUAGGAAAAAUUUUUUCCCAGACAUAGUGCAAAAAAACAAAAUUCCUAGCUUGGAAGAUAUUAAGCCUAUAAAUUUCAUUAAAAAAUACAUUUCCAGCCAUCAAGUGAGAAAAAAAAAUUUCUAUAGGUGUACAAAAAAAUAUAUAUAUUGCUUCUUAGAAAAUCCCCCCCUUCCCCCAUCACUUUUCUAAUGGUCCGUCCCUUAGUCUGUUGUUCCGAGUCAUAAGCCUUAAUUAGUAUUUAUUCAAAAGAGUAGUAUGUCUUCACGCUUGUGAUGCAAUUGUUUUGCGCAUAUGUCAGGGCACCACACUGUAAUAUUAUGUCUGGUAGUAACAUAGAUUUAUAAGAAAAUUUAUAGUACAAUCUGGUUUUGCACCUUCUAAUUCUUACUAAUCUUGCAAUACAAAGUUUUGUGCGCCCCGUAAUGGACCUUUCCCCUUCUAACUAAAAUUUUGAUCUAGAC